AUGUUCCCUUUGCAUCAUUUUCAAGUCGAAGAACUAGUCAUCCAUCUUGCUGGCGGGCAGUACGUCCGUAACGGCGGCAACCCCCUCGCCAACAAUGACCCAGAGCGCACAGCACACUGGUUCGACGGCGACGGCAUGUUAUCAGGCGUUCUAUUUCGGUCUUCCACUGACGGCUCUAUCGUUCCGGAGUUUGUCAAUCAAUACCUUGAGACCGAUGUGUUCAGGUAUACGAAGCGCAAUAAACAUCUGACGAGACCUGUACUGCCUAGUAUCACCUCGUUAGUGAACCCAGCGUCAUCUUUCCUGCACAUCAUGUUCGAGAUUAUGCGAGCCGUGCUCCUUGUCGUUCUCUCCCAGUUUCAGAGCGCAGGUGCCACAAUUAAGAAGAUCAGUGUUGCCAACACAAGCGUCAUCUUCCAUGACGGUCGUGCCUUGGCCACAUGUGAGAGCGGUCCGCCCUUACGCUUCACGCUGCCUUCCCUUGAAACAGUUGGGUGGUUCGAUGGAGCCAAAGCAGAGAAUGAGAUCCCUACAGCAAGCUCUGAAGGCACAUUCGGAGGACAUGGGCCCCUGUCGUGGAUGCGAGAAUGGACGACGGCCCACCCGCGCGUCGACCCCCUGACAAACGAGCUGAUAUCCUACCACUCAACCUUCGUUGCCCCCUAUGUUCGCUACUCUGUCAUACAACCACGGCACACCAAGUCCCUCGAAGCCAGCAGAGCGAAGCCCCUCUCUCCCGUCCGCCCCGGGCCUCCAGAGUACGCCGAGGAAGAGCAGUGCCGGCUCUACUACUUCUCCUUCCCCCUCGGCAACGACAACAAUGACGCAGCCAUCAAGCACCAGUGGGCCCUGUCAGCGAUCGCCUUCGAGUUCCCUACCGUCGCCCCGGCCGCCGCCAUGCGCGGACGGGGCUACGUCUACGGCUGCACGACGGGCCGGGACACCUACCGCGGCGCCCUGGGCAAGGCCGCCAAGAUCGACCACCUGGCCAAGAUGGACGUCGCGACGCUCAUCGCGCGUGGGGAGGCGGAUCCUCCGCGCGAGGUUACGGGAUGCGUCGACGCGAGGACGGUCAGGGAGAUCAUGGCGCACGACGACCCGCGCGAUCCGAUCCGGCUCUUCGGGAUGCCGGAGGGGUGGUUCGCGCAGGAGCCGCGAUUUGUGCCGAGGGACGGGGCCAAGAGCGAGGAUGACGGGUUCUUGUUGACGUAUGUGUUUGACGAAGCGCAGCUGGAUAAGACGGGUGCAUGUAGGCCUGAUGCCGUGAGUGAGCUGUGGCUCAUUGAUGCAAAGGGCAUGAGGGAUGUUGUUGCGAGGGUGAAACUGCCACAGAGGGUGCCAUAUGGGAUGCAUGGGAAUUGGUUUAGCGAAGAGGACAUUAGUGGACAGAUUCCGGAUGAAAAAUUAACCUUGGGAAGCGAAGAGGUAAUCACGUUGCCAAGGGACAAGGUGGUUUAA